AUGACGACCACAAUCUUUCCCAAGCCUGAAAAGGCUCCAAAACUGCCAGGCUUGGAACUAGACAGGUCUAGCAACGAAGCCCCCCAGCUUCCUCGACACCUACACAUGGCCGCGGCUGUUACGCCCUCUCCGACUUCUUCGCCUGUGGCUCAGAAACCCGAAAAACAAUAUCGCACCAUGACCCAACAGGAGUGGGUACAGUUCUGCCACGGGGUUGGGGUGAUGAAGGACAAUGAGAGUACGACAGUCAUCCGUCCGACUGCUUGGUACUGGCCACCGAGAGGAUUUCCAGAUGGCCUUUAUCAAGAUGUUCUUUGGGAAAAGGCCAAAUUCACUUACUCGUUCCACAUUAUCUCGACCAUUGUCUGGAUAUUGAUGAUACUCCAACUCGCCCUCAAUGCAGUCCUUACGGCCGUCGGCUCUUCAUCGUCAAACGAUAGUGUUGUCAUUACUACUAUUGCAGGCGUCAACACACUUGUCUCUGGAAUCCUUGCCCUUAUGCACAAUUCUGGGCUGCCGGACCGAUACCGUUCGAAUCGAAACGAAUUCGCCAAAAUCGAGGACUAUCUCAAGGAGAUUGUUGACACGCGGCUUGUGCCUGUCGAAGACUCCAUAGUGGAGGUCAUGGCACAUUGCUUUGAUAAGUUUGCAAGCGCCCGGCAGUCUGUGCAGGACAAUAUACCGGCUUCCUACGUGCCGGCUGCACCGACUGCAUCAUCCAAGGGCGUUCCCAUUGCAUCCAAGCCUGCAGCGACUGAUGUGAAGCACUGA